GUCGGAUGUUGAAAAUUCCACAUAUCUGACUUUGACGAUUGACGUUUUUUUCUUUAGAGAUAUCAAACAAAACAAGAUAUUAUCAAGCACAAGAGAGGGGACAACUUGUAUCACAAGGAGGUGGUGAUGUUGAUAAAGAUGUUCUUAAAGUAUUACCAUGAAAAUCCAGGAAACAACAGCUGAAAUCAUGUGUUGAAAGAAGUGGCAUUUGCAGAAACACCAAGGGACCGUUUCCAUCAUGAGGAUUGUGUUCUUUGUCUUACUUGUCGGAGGGACCUUCGCACACCGAAAUUGGCAUGGGAGAGGAUCAAACUCCGUAGCUCGACCCUCCGUGGCUCACCAUUCUGUGAAUUCAAUAACAGCGCCACGGUCUGCUGCCUGCACCACUCUUCUUGAGGAGGCAAAUUCACAAUUCUAUGCCAAUGAAUUUACGAAAUUGUCCAGCACGGAAGUGUACUAUUUGGUUCUUGGGCUUGCUCCUACUGAUAAAUGUCAGUUUCUUCGCAGAUUCCUGGUGCGGAGAAGGGCUACACGCUGUAUGAUUCAUUGUCGCGGUAGCUCCUUUGAGAAGUCAAUGCCAAAAUCAUUCCAAUCAGAUCCAUCCAGAAACGGUUGUCCUAUGAGCCGCCAGCAGGGAAGUACAAGCACCAGAAGAUGUAGCACCACUUCCAUUUAUCGCACAUUUGACGGCAGCUGUAAUAAUCUGCAAAAUCCAACAUGGGGCAUGGCUAAAACCGUUCGAGGAAGAUUGUUGCCAAGUAAUUAUGCAAACGGCACGGGCGCUCCACGGAUGUCGGGCUGUGGUGGCCAGGAGUUGCCAGACCCACGGGCGAUCAGCCUGGCUGUCCACCGACCUAUGGCGGAUCAGGAAAACAAAACAGACAAUUUUUUCUCCUUCCUGAACCUGGUGAUCGGUGCCUACCUCGUCGCAGAUAUCACACAUAUAAAACCUUAUCUCGACAAAGAUGGUGAACCACCUCACUGCUGCGAUGGUAUAUGCAAACACCCCGAGUGUUUCCCCAUUGUUCAAAAAAAUGGCGAGCCGUUCCCUACAACAAGUGGAUGCAUGAACUUUGUAAGAUCUGUGGCGAAAGACAACUGCAAUGGAACCCGUUCCCCAGUGAACUUCCAGACCUCAUUCAUCGACUUGUCGCACUUGUAUGGGAUCAGCGAGCAAGAAAACAGGAGGAUAAGGACGUUUACGGGAGGAAAACUGAUACUUCGCAAUGGGCUACUACCUCCGAACCUGGAAGAAACCACAUGCAAAUUGAUGGGAUCAUUUAAUAGAGACACCAACUAUUGUCCAUUUGACACCAACUAUUGUCCAUUUGCUUCCAGCAGCAUCAGGGUCAUCCCAAUCAUUACUACUUUUCACACACUGUUCACCAGGGAACACAAUAGGAUAGCCGACGGACUCGCGGCCGUGAACCCACACUGGGGAGACGAGCGGCUCUUCCAGGAGGCUCGCAGGAUACUUAUCGCACAGUGGCAAAACAUCAUCUACAAUGAGUGGUUGAUUAAACUGAUCAGCGUGGGGACUGCUGUAGAGGCCGACAUUGGUACCAGGGUUUGCGGUUUCAAGAAUGAUUACAACGCCAAUGUCGACCCAUCAGUGUUUGUUGAGUUCACGACCGCUGCCAUGCGCUUCGGACACGCACAAUUACCGGCCACAUUAAGGCUGGUUGAAGCCAACUUCAACGCAUUUGGCGACCCGGUGCCCGUCACUGACCUCCUCUUUAAUGUGGCCAGCUAUUUUGACAACGGCAGCAGAGAAGGCGUGACAAACCUUCUUCGGCUAUUCAUAGUUAACCCCGUUGCGCCUGGUGCUGAUCCAUUCCUUGAAACUGACUACCUUGAUAACCUCUUUCGAGAUGGGAUGGGGGGAAGCUAUGAUCUCGCAAGUCUCAACAUUCAAAGGGGUCGCGAUCACGGCCUGCCAACCUACAACCAGAUGCGGGCCUUCUUCAACCGGUCAGUGGCGGCUACCUUCGCGGACCUUGAAAAUAUUCCGAAGGAUAUUCAGGAUCGGCUAGCGAAAGUAUAUCAAUGCCCAGACGAUAUUGACCUUUUCACUGGGGGCUUGGCCGAGGAUGAGGGAGAGGCACUGAGUCUCCUCCACUUUCUUUUCGGUGAUAUUGUAACCAUGCAGAUGAAGAGGUUGAGGACUGGAGACCGGCUUUUCUUUGAAAAUAGGGAGGCGGGCUUUACCGAAGGCCAGCUAAACCACCUUCGCCAGUUGAGGCUAUCAAAUAUAAUAUGCGACAACACCUCGGCUGACAAACUCCCUCGCUGGCUUCUCGUUAAUCCCCUACCACAGAUUCCGAUCCAGGCCUGCAGCGACUACACUCAACUCGACUUUGAACUAUGGCGAGAGAUAGUCUGAGCCCUCCGUCCGUUGGAUGGCUCUCAGCACUGUGACCAAUGUAUGGCACUUGGUUAUGUGCUGUGGCCACCGGAUGGACUUGACUUGUUUAC